GACCCAGACCUUGAAAAUAAACUCCCACGGUUCACACACGUGUGGGAUAACAAAGUCUAUACAGAGUGGAGAUCAGCGGUCAAAGUUUGCUAUUUUUGUGAAAAAGAAGGUCACAUUAAACGAGAAUGUGAACAAUACAAAGUAUCGGUAGAAUUAAGGAAUGCCCACAGGGAAUAUAAACAAAAGAAAGCGGGCCUCUUUGCUAAAAAAGGCAAUGAGAAACAUGAAGCACCUGAACAGGUGCCCCAUCAUGCACCCACCCCAGACACUAUAAUGGAUAACAUGGAAAUUAGCACGAGCAUUGUGGACGCACAAAUACAUCAACCAGGGGAGGGCCCUGUCGAAAAGGAAAACCAGACAAAUUCAGACUCCGGCCUGGUCACGAGAAUGGAGGUAACAGAACCAACAACAAGGGGUCCAGUAACCCAGAAAGAGCACAUGACAGAGGCCCCAGACAAGGGAGAAAAUGUGGAAACACAACAAGACAGCCCAGAGACCCCAAGCUUACCAGAAUAUAUGCGAGGCAAUGUUAAUCUGCGCGACGAACUGGACACACUUCCCCCUUCAAGCAACACAAAUGCUCACAGCAAGGAGGGGCUGGACCCUAAGCUCUCCGAAACUACUAUGGAAUCCACUAAUCCAAACGAUCCUGAACAGCCGUUAACAGAUGAUUUCAUCACUGUGGUAAAUAAGCGAUCAGCAGCGUCAAGGAAAAUCAAGGGACCCUACCUUUUACGGAUCAUGACACAGAACUUUAAACUUAAGAUAGCAACCCUGAACGUAAAAGGAUUAAAUAAUAAGGAUAAACAACGUAUAACUCUCACGCUGCUAAAAUCAUAUCAAAUGGAUAUAAUAUUUCUACAAGAAACAAAUACUACAGAUAAAAGCACUAGAGACUUUCUCAAAGCCCAAUGGAUCUAUGAUUCCAUAUGGACAAGUAAAACCGCCAUAUUAGCGG